AUGAGAUUAAAUUACGUUUUAUCAAAGACCUUAGCUCUUGCUUCCGUUGUCUCUGCUGCUGCCGUUCAUAAACAUCACGCUGCUGAAGAAAAAAGAGACGUUACUGUCGUCGUAACAAAUUUCGUUGAUCAAAAUGGUCAAGUCUUGGUUGACGGGCAAACAAGUGCGACAGAUGCCACAACGACCUUGCAACCAGUUACUGAUAUUGGUGGUGGAAAAAGUGUUGAAACUACAACGGUAACGUCAUCAUCAGGUUCAUCUAGUUCUUUAUCGGGUUCCUCAACCUCUUCCUCCGGUGGAACCAGUUCUAGUUCUAGUUCCACUUCUAGCAGCAGUGACGCUUCUAGUUCAAGUUCUGGUGAAUAUGGUGGUGCUUUGGGUAUCACUUACUCUCCAUACACCAGCAGUGGUUCUUGUAAGUCUUCAGACACCAUCAAAUCCGACAUUCAGAAUUUGUCACAAUUCAGUGUCAUUAGAAUCUACGACACUGACUGUGACGCGAUGGAAGCAAUUCUAUCUCAAUUACAAAGCGGUCAAAAGAUCUUUGUUGGUAUCUACGACAUCGAUAACAUUGCCUCCAGCGUCAGUGCAAUCGAAUCUGCUUUCAACGGUGAUUUCUCCAAGGUUUACGCUAUUUCUGUCGGUAACGAACUGAUCAAUGCAGGAACGAGUACCGUUUCUCAACUGAGUAGCGCUGUUGAAUCAGCUAAAUCUAAAUUGAGUGCUAUUGGCUACACAGGUGACGUUGUCACCGUUGAUACCCUAGUGGCCACCGAAAACAACUCUGGUCUAUGCAGUAUGUCAGAUUUUAUUGCAGUUAACUGUCAUCCAUACUGGGAUGGUAAUGUGGAACCAUCCAACUGUGGACCAUGGGUGAAACAGCAAUUGGACAACUUGUCUUCUACGUGUAACAACGGCAAGAAAAUCAUCGUCACUGAAACUGGCUGGCCAACAAAGGGUGACACUUACGGAAGUUGUGUUCCAUCCAAAUCAAACCAAGAAACCUGUGUCCAAUCCAUCAUCGACACUCUAGGUUCCCAAGCCAUCUUAUUCACCACAUACAACGACUACUGGAAGGAUGCCGGUGCUCAAGGUGUUGAGCAAUAUUGGGGUAUCUUCGGCGAUAGCAGUGUUUAG